UGUAAAAAAAACCCGAUACGUAUCGAUAUCCGUUUUUAGCUUGUAAGAUACGACUACAUCGAUGCGUGAAGUCCCGCAUCGGUUUUAAAAUGACACGAAUCGGUUGGUGCCCCGAUUUAAAAGCUAUGAACCGAUUCACAAGUGUUUUUCUCUACGUUAAGUUGCUAUCCGAAACCCUCACUCACUGACUUGGUGCAUUUGAGCUCAGUCACAACAAUGACAGCCUGUCAUUGGCCAAAGCCCGCAUACUAUAAGCCUAUCAGGCGUGCCGCUAUCCCUUUGAAUAACGCAACGUAUGUUGACAUUAAGUCUGUAGUGAAAUGAUGUCUGACCACAGCGAACCCAUUUUCAAUGCGCCAUCGACCCUCCGAUCAAAAGUUUGGAAGACAUUUGGCUUCUUCAAAAAAGAAGGUAAACUUGAUAAAAGUGAAGCCGUAUGUAAAAUAUGUAGGGCAGCAAUUAAGUACACUGGCAGUACUACAAAUCUCAGCACACACAUCUCGAGACGCCAUGCCAGUGAUGUUGAACUUGAUGCCAGCACUGCAUCGACCAGCAGCAGCACCAGCAGCACUAUAACUCAGUUUCUCACUCAAUCACAACUGAGUUACAAUUCAGCGAGGGCUAAGUCAAUAACGAUGCGUGUGGCUCGUUUCAUCGCCAUGGACCUAAGGCCAUACAGCGUCGUUGACGGAAAAUGACGGAUUUCGCGAACUGCUUAGAGAAUUAGAGCCGAGGUACAAGAUACCAAGCAGACAGCAUUUCAGCGAAACGUGCAUACCCGAGCUGUACAAAAAAACUAAAACUGACCUUAAGGCUAAGCUCUCAAGUGCAGAACGAGUGGCAAUAACUACCGAUGCCUGGACAUCACGUGCAACGGAUUCAUACAUUACGAUAACCGUGCAUUAUGUUAAUCUGGAUUGGGAGUUGGCAAGCUAUGUUUUACAGACGAGAGUCUUCAAUGAGUCACACACGGGGAAAAACAUCGGGGCUUUAUUGAAAGAGGCAUGUCUUGAGUGGAACAUAGAGGAUAAAGACCCAGCACUGGUGACCGACAACGCGAGAAACAUGGUUGUGGCGGGAGUAGAGGCCGAGAUGUCCCCUCACCUUUUUUGCUUCGCGCACACAUUAAAUCUGGCUGCCCAGAAGGCCUUGCAUGUGACCACUGCUACGAAGGUGCUUGGGAAAGUGAGGAGGGUGGUUGGAUUUUUCCACCGUAACAUAGCGGGUGCUGAACUACUGCGACAAAAACAACAGCAAAUGGCAUUGCCCUCCCACAAGCUCAUCAAUGACGUUACUACCCGGUGGAACAGUUCCCACGACAUGCUCGAACGUUUUUUGGAGCAACAAUCGGCAGUUUUUGCCACACUCAUGUCAAGGGAGCUCAGAAAAGGAGAAGAUGUAAGCGCUCUUACUGAAGGAGACCUCAGCAAUGCUGAGGACAUGGUGAAAGUGAUGGCACCUGUCAAAGUUAUCACCACAGUUAUGUGCGAAGAUGAGCAGCCCACAAUUUCGUUGAUUGCCCCCUUCAAAGCAAAACUAAAGAAUCACUUUGAGGCCACUACUGAGGACACAGGGCUCAUUAAGGAUAUGAAGAAGGUGUUCCUCGAAGAUUUUGUUAAGCGGUACACAAACAUUGAAGACCUGUUGUGUACUGCAUCAGCUUUGGAUCCACGCUUCAAAACCCUGCCUUUCCUCAGUGACCGUGAGACCGAGAGGAUCUUCUUGUCCAUUACAGAUGAAGCUACAAACCUGCAUGAUAAGAAAGUAGAGGAGAGCCAUCCCAGUCCGAGUGAUAUUCAAGAGCCAGAUCAGAGAGACCCAACAUCCGUCCAGUCCAGCCCAGUCCAGGUCCAUGAAGAACCAAGAGGUGAUUGUCCUCCUUGUAAAAAGAGGAAAAGUACAGCACUGGACCAGCUGUUUGGAGAAACAUAUGUGGUAAGACCAUCAAGAAGCUCCAGGGAAAAGGUCAGCGAGGAAAUCCUGAGGUACAGAGAGAGAAACCUUUUGCCCCUGAAUGGCAAUCCACUGGAGUGGUGGAGAGCACAGGUCGACUUACCAUUGUUGUCAGAUAUUGCAAAAAGAUACCUCUGCAUACCAGCUACAAGUGUAGCAUCAGAAAGAGUUUUCAGUACCGCAGGAGAUAUUGUUUCCUCUCAACGCAGUGUACUUAGGGGUGACCAUGCCGAUCAAUUGAUUUUUCUCAAGAAGAAUCUUAAAAAACUCGAGCACAAAUGAAUUAUUAGGAGGUAGCUAAAGGAUAUCAGCAUACACUAAAUGUCCUACAAGAAUUGUAUUAGUUCUACUUAUAUAUUUUUUUUUUCUCCUUAUGCUGUGUUUGGCAGCAAUUUGUGCCAUUACAUUAAAGUAAUAAUCUAGGCCAGGAUGGCGGUUUUGGUUUAAACAAAAUUAGAUAUUUCCUAUUGCUGCUUCUUACAGUUCACAGCUUUACUUCGUGUUUGCAGUGAUAUUUCCUAUUUUCUUACAGUUCGCAGCUCUAUUUGUGUUCUCAGUGAAAGGUUGCACAUGUAUUAAUUGGUAUAAUGAUACCUUAUCUUGAGUCUGUAUGAUUUGCAGAGGCACUUAAUUUGCAGAAGCAUUUAUUCUAAAUAUGAGAAAAGGCCAAGGUCUAGCUCUGUUUUAUUUUAUUUUUGUAUUGUCAUCCAUCAACAAGGGACUUCUUUGGGUAUAGAAAAUAUAUUUUAUUUUACUAUUUUAUUUAAUAUUUAAAUAUAAUUUUUUUGUAUUUCCUUAUGGUGUAUUUAUUUGGCUGCAAUGUGUGCCAUUACUGAAAUGUAUUUUUUUUUUGUAUAUGUGAGACAAACUACAUACAGACUAAUUUCACAAUAAAAUGUUUGUUCAUAUUCAUUGAACAAAUGAAAAGAACUCUUUCAGAAUAUUUUCAAUUAUUGAACUGCAUCGAAUCGCAUCGCAUCGCAUCGCAUCGAAUCGCACUGAAUCGUUUUUUAACAACAUGCAUCUUUUCUUAUAUCGUAUCGUGACCAUGUAUCGAGAUACGAAUCGGAUCGUUUUUUUCAUGAGAGA